CACUUUUAUGGUACAAUACAGUAAGUUCAUCCCGAAUCCAAGUCUGUAGAAUAUUAGGAGUGCUUUGGACUUAGAAAUGGUCGACAAAAGUUUUAAUUGCACCGCCCUUUUUAAAUAGAUCGAACAGGGACAGAAUUCUGAUAGAAGCUUCCAGCCCGAGAAGGAGUUAGCUAGACGCUAUUAGACCACUAAAAGUUUACAAAUAGUUUUAAAGUACGCAACACCUUACAGAUUAACUCCAGUUUAUGUUUAGUCAAAAUGAGCAUGGACAUUUUGACAGGAUAUUCUAUUUAUUUUCGGAUAUAACCCCAUCUAAACCCUCACUUUAUCUGAAGCUUAAGUCCGGAGAAGUUUGGCAGGGAUCUUAUGCGGAGACUCAUGCGCAGAAGCUGCCAAAAGCCACCGAGCUUGCAUGCAAAUUGAUAGGCGUGCCUUGGGGCGAUGAAGGCGCGGGCGGACCUCCAGAAAAGCCCUGCUACAGCAGUAGGCAGGAUGCGGAGAUCCGCAGAUCGGUAAGGACUUCUCCUCCGAAGACGCCUUAGGACGAGCGCAGUUACUUAAAGCAUGCGUAGAUUUAAGGCAGUGAAUUAAGACGGUGGCGGUGGCGCAGAUUAACCGAUGUGGAUAAAGUCAGCAUUGCUCCGCCCCGCCGAGAGCGAACCGGUACCGGGACGAGAUAGAUAGAAUCGUUUGUGUCUGCAGAUUGCAUUUUGUCAGGAUGGCCGAAGACGAUGUCAGGCGCCCUGAUAGAGAAAGACUUGAGAAAGACAGCAGGAACUCCAGCGUGCUGAACUGGGAGCAGGUUCGGCGCCUGGACUCUAUUCUGACGGAAACGAUCCCCAUCCACGGCCGGGGCAACUUCCCCACCCUGGAGAUGAAACCCCAGCAAAUUGUUAAGAAAGUCAGGAGUCGGAUGGAGGACAAGAAGAUCAGUGUCCGAGAUGUGAGGUUGAACGGGUCUGCUGCGAGCCACGUUCUUCAUGAGGACAGCGGCUUGGGCUACAAAGACCUGGACCUCAUCUUCUGCGCGGACCUGAAAGGUGAAGCCGAGUUUCAGGUGAUCAAGGACAUUGUUCUGGACUGUUUGCUGGACUUCCUACCCGAAGGCGUGAAUAAGAAGAAAAUCACGUCCCUAACGCUGAAGGAGGCCUACGUGCAGAAGAUGGUGAAGGUCUGCACGGACACGGACCGAUGGAGUCUUAUCUCACUGUCGAACAACCAUGGCAAGAACGUGGAGCUCAAGUUUGUGGGCUCCCUGCGUCGCCAGUUCGAGUUCAGCGUGGACUCCUUCCAGAUCAAGCUGGACUCCUUGCUCCUCUUCCACGACUGCUCGGAGAACGCCAUGUCGGAGACGCUGCACCCCACCGUCGUCGCUGAGAGCGUCUACGGGGACUUCCAGGCAGCGCUGGAGCACCUGUGCCACCGAGUCAUCUGCACGCGCAGCCCAGAGGAGAUUCGAGGGGGCGGCCUGCUGAAGUACUGCCACCUGCUGGUGAGGGGCUUCCGCGCGGCCUCCGAGGCGGAGAUGAAGUCGCUGCAGCGCUACAUGUGCUCGCGCUUCUUCAUCGACUUCUCGGACAUCGGCGAGCAGCGGCGCAAGCUGGAGUCCUAUCUGCAGAACCACUUUGUCGGCCUGGAGGAGCGCAAGUACGACUAUCUGAUGACGCUGCACGGCGUGGUGAACGAGAGCACGGUGUGCCUGAUGGGACACGAGAGGCGGCAGACCCUCAGCCUUAUCGCCAUGCUGGCGGUGCACGUUCUGGCCAAGCAGAACGCCAUCCCCAACGUGGCCAACGUCACCUGCUACUACCAGCCUGCACCCUACGUGGCCGAUGGCAACUUCAGCAACUACUGCAUCGCCCAGGUCCAGCCUGUCUUUGGGUGGCACCACCACUCCUAUUCAACCUGGCUGCCCUGUAACUGAGUCCUGCACAUGGGCACAGAGGGCAGACAUAACAGGCUUCAUGAACAGUUGCGUGGCCCAGAAGCAUCAUGGGAAGGGCAAAGAGCAGAGCCCCAGUUCCACACUCGGCCUCGUCAGGCCGCCUGCCUUGAGUGCCGCAGGCACAGGUUUUUGGAACACGCUGCUGUCCGCACAUGCUGGGGGCUGGCAGAGACCUGGGGGCCACCCACGCAGAUUCCCCCCCACUGCCCCAUCCCCCAGGGGGGGCUCCCGGCUUGCAUCCUGCCUCACCUGCCACGUGUGACCUGAGCGGCGACAUCGAUGGCGGGAAGACAAGUAAAAAAAAAUAAAUAAACCAAAGCUAAAUACCAAAGAUUUAGCUUAAUGACGACGGCGAGAUGUCCCCAGCAUUCAGCGCUGCCAAGGGAGUGCUAGUGUUUGGAUUUUUUUUUGUUUUAUGUGUGUAAAGUUGUGACUUUUUUUCAACACUUCAGAUACUUUCCUUUCACAGACUCUCGCUGUAGAAAGACUGAAUUGCAAAAGGGCUGAAAAGAUAGGAUCUCUUAAGAGGAAGUGUAAUGUGUGCUCGGUAGUGGUGCAUCGUAGGGCUGAGUGAGGCGCCUUUACGGCCUCCCCUGACUGGGGCCACUGGGGCCACUGGGAAUGUCUUUAUAAGGGGUCAGUGUUCCCCCCUGUGAGGCGCUCUAUGCUGUUUGCAGUGACACUUGGGCAGGGAAUUCUGCAGCUCCCGCAAAAGCGGUAGAAGCAUGCGGUAGGGGGGGGUUCCAUGGCUCUGUGCUCUCAGAGGAGUUCCUCUGACGGAGUGAUGUUUGCACAGCGUCUGAUUGAUGACAGGAUGCGGGGACUCGAAUCACAGCCUAUGGAAGGAGGUGGGCUGGGCAGCUUGGGGGUGGAGCCUGGUACGGGCCAGGGGAGCAGGUUUGCAUGGUGAAUGGGUCACAAUUCUGUCUCCACCCAUCCUCAUCAGCUCAGUACAUAUAGGCAUCUUGGUUCCUGCUCCCCAGAACGGAUAGUGGGACUAAUCCCUACAAUCCAUCUGCACCACAGUCCGGCAGGACCAUGUUCCGCUAGCAUAUACAGGACCUGAGGUAGGCUAACAGCAGUCAGAUGUGGGCACCUUCAGUUCUGUUUCUCUCAGCAUAAUCGGUCACAUGAUCAUACGAGCACCAUGCCGAAGUCAUUCAGGGUGACUUUUAGCUACCUAUUAGUGCUUUACCCACAAUCCCUCAGUCUGGCCCCAGCCUGUCAUUCUUUUCACACGUGAACCUGUCAGAAAUCCUGUGCUGAUUCUUCAGCUACGUACGGCUGAAUGAUGCUGCGCAGGUUGUGCUGGAAAUAUGGACCCAUGUGUUCCGUAGCGGCCCCCUCACCCAUGAUGCGAUAGCGCUGCGCUGCGGGGAAGAGGCUCACACGCCCCCCCCCCCCCCCGAAUUGCAUCACCCCGCGGUGGAACCACAUUUUGCUGCAAAGGAGAACCUUGUAUUUUUCUAUUAAUGCUAUUUUUGUUAAUGUUUCGGCUGUUCCCUUUGUUGCAGUCCUUGGGCAUCUGUGCGGAUUCUUAGCAGCCCUUCGGAGAAAUGUUGUACCUUGUGUUCCUGUGAGAAAGGAGAUUUUUACCAUUAAAAGAACGGAUCCUGAAAGCUGAA